GAUGAAAGGAGUCGUGGUAGUUGUGUUGGCAAUGCUAGCCAUAGUGGGGUUCAUGGUGCAGCCAAACGAAGCCAUUACUUGUGAAGAAGUUGACCGUUUGCUUGCACCAUGUUUAAGCUACCUAAAAACAGGUGGAACCCCAUUACCCGAUUGUUGCAUCGGGUUGACGGCUCUCCAAGCCAAGGUCUCAACCAGGUCCGAUAGGCAAACCGCGUGCAAUUGCGCAAAAAAAGCAGCAAUUGAGUAUCAAGUUAGGGAGGAUACUGCUAAGGCCCUUCCUGAUAAAUGUGGAAUUACUAUCAGCGUACCAAUUAGUUCCACUGUCGACUGUUCCACAGUGUUCAAUGGUAUGCGAGUUACAAAUGAAGUGGGGACCGAACUCCUUUAGAAUAAAUAUGUAUCAUAUCUACGUUGUGUUUGAGAAGUUCAUAGCCUUAGUGGACUUGGUUUA